UUACGUGGCGAAUCCGACUUCCAAGCCUCUCCCUCUCUCUCAAUAGUAAACCACAACACCUGCCUCUCCCGCCUUCGCCGAGCUAACCGCCGCCCUUAUUUCACACUCCACCUAUAAUAAAUAUUUCUUUUUCUCCUCGUCCCUCUCUUUGGGUUUUGUCUCUCUGCUACUAAAAUUCUGUUCUUUCUUUCUUUAUCCGUCACAAUUGGUGGGAUGAUUAGGUAUGGGGAUUAGCUCAGGAUAAACCCAGGGUAUAUUCUGAACAUGGAUUUGUCUCCUUUCAAACAAGACAUUGACGAGCUUAUUCACGAGUUUGUUCAGAGUGAAUCAUCAACUUUGAAUGACACGAAGAGAAUAUGGUUGUCGAUGAAAUUCUCCUACAUUUACGAGGCCAGUCCUACAAACUUAGCUUUCUUUACGCAAUCGCUCUAUGCGCAUAUUAUUGGUCACAUUAUCAAUGUUGAUUCUUUAACUUGCAGACUUGGAGGGCUUUAUUGCCUCUAUGAAACUCAACCAUUCAAACCGCCUUUCAAGAUUUAUCUCCCACUUGGAGAAACGAAGAAACUUACAAGCCUAGUUUCUGAGGCAAAAGAAAUGGGUAUAAGAGUAGUGCCUACCUUGGUAAAAAGGAUGCUGGAAAAAUAUAUGUUUCUGUUUGGGCUUGUGGACUUAAAUGAAAGCUCGGUUAACGAGACGAUUAACAGUCUGACAAAAUUACAAGAUGCCUGAAUGCAAGUUGCAUAUGAGAAGUAGGUUCAGAUAUCUAUUGUUUACUAAUCUGUUUUGUUAUGUUUGUUAUGACUUUUGUUUUAACAUUUCUGUACGUCUUUGAUGGCUUCCUUUUUGCUAACAAGUUAUUUACCGAUACCGACAUUGAGCGAAGCAUUCACAUGGACUUGGCUAUGGAGGUUGACUUCGAUAAGAUAAAGAAAAUGUCCACAGAAAAUGCAGUGGCUAAGAGAAAAUCCAUCAAAGAGGUUGGAGAGGUGGUAGAUGUCCAGAACAUAAAGCAGAUAACGGAAUAUGAGAAACCUCUAAGUGAAAUAGUUAAGAAGAUAGAUGAGAGCUGGAACAACCAAAGAGAGGCGUUCCCGGAUUGAGUCACCAAAAACCAGCUGAAGAGGAACAACCGUUGCUGCUGCAGUUACAACCAAAUGAAAAUGAGGCCGACAACGACGGUGAUGAAUUUUAUCGUCUACUAUAUGAACAUGAUUGAAUCCUUUUCCUGGAGAAUUGAUUUUUAAUGCAGGGCAUCUGUAUCUGAUUUUUGUACAACAAACAGUAUCAGUGGUUGUUUUGCGU